GCAGCCAGAAAUAUCCGGAAAAAUCUUGGCCUUUAUUGCAUCGUAUUUAGAAUUGCUGUGAAAAAAGAAAAAUAAUCCAAGUGUUCUAGCAAGCCUUACCACGGAUUUAACAUCCCAGUUCCGCAGGCAGUCAACAGGCUCUCCACCGAGCAUGAUUGUGCCAUUAAUGGGGAAAGAUCCGCGCUGGCUACAAGUCGAAGUUUGUCGUGAGUUCCAAAGAGGGAAGUGCUCUCGAACAGAGGACGAGUGCCGUUUCGCGCACCCACCGGCUCAUGUGGCUGUCCACAACGGCCGUGUUACGGCAUGCUUCGAUUCUCUAAAGGACCGAUGUCAAAGAGAAAAAUGUAAAUAUCUGCAUCCACCAAAACACUUAAAAACUCAGCUUGAAACAAAUGGCAGAAUGCUACAGCAUCAGCAGCAACAAAUAGCAAUGCAACAUCAAAUGAUUGCACCUCUUGCUCAACAAAUGUUAGCAAACCAAACAUUGUUACCAGGAUGGCCAAUGCAAGUUCCAACAUCAAAUGGUACYUUGAUACAACAGCCUGUUGCUUUUCUUCCUGACACGUCUGGUAUACCAGGUACACCACGACGGUUAGACAAGUCAGAUAAACUUGAGGUAUGUCGCGAAUACCAAAGGGGGGCCUGUUCAAGGGAGGAAUCAGAAUGUAGAUAUGCACAUCCUCCACGACAUGCAAGUAUUGAUACAUCCGAUGGUAUGGUAACAGUUUGUAUGGACUUCAUCAAAGGAAAAUGUCAAAGAGAAUCAUGCAAAUACUUUCACCCACCAACACAUUUACAAGGAAAAGUAAAAGCCGCACAACAACAACAGAUGUCUUUACCRUUGCUGGACGGCUCCCGCAAGAGGGCUCAUGAGCCGAUUUCAGAGCUGACUCCUGGAGAGCCACUACGAAAACAAGCACCAACUGUGGAGGUGCCAAUCUUUGUUCCUGGUCUAAGUACAGCGUCAUUUCCUCAAGGGCUUGCUGCCAUGCCAUUUGCAGGACUACAAACAGUUCCACUUGUAACAGGAUUACAGAUGUACCCACAACAGAGUCAGCAGUCAGCUCAGUUACCAGUUUGUCGGGACUUUAGCUCUGGCCAGUGUCACAGGGAAGCCUGUCGUUAUGCCCAUAUAACAGACAAAAAUGUAGAAAUAAUUGAUGGACGUGUUACUAUAUGCCGAGAUGCUAACAAAGGAAAAUGUACAAGGCCUAAUUGCAAAUAUUAUCACAAGAGUCCGUCAUCAACAACUUGAAUAAAGGUAAAGAAAAACACAAGAACAGUACAAAGACAGGAAGGAUGUUAGAGGGAAUGCUUAAUUAAUAUAUACAUUAUAAUGUUUAACCASGUCACUUGUAUGAAUGGUGAAUAUCCACUUGAUAAAUCCUUAUCUCACUUAUCCAUUGGWUAACAUCCAAAUAAUUUCCAUUGUGUGGAUGACUUAAACCAUCAUUCAUACAACUCACCUCCAGAUCAAUAUCUAAAGCUAAAUAUAUACUGGUUGYUGGUCAGAUUUCCUUUGACUGUGCCACAGAUCACAGCAUGUACAACACAAUACAAAGUCAUUGAACCAUGCCUUGUAUUGAUACUUGAGUUAAGAAAAGAUYACAACUACASCACAAACGCAACAGGAAGAUAUUGUUAGUAUUUUUACUCACAGCGGAAAUCUACUCUGUUGAUUUGAUWAUUUUUUAACAAUCAAAUUGAGAGAAAAUGAAAACUUCUUGAAUGCAUGAUAUUGUCUUUUCUUACACCACACAACAAGCUAAACAGCUAAGAAAAUUCAAUUAUUUAAAACUGUAAUCUAAAAUUAUUAAGUAUAUGAUUAUCUUCUAUUAUCAACACUAUGUAAACUUAAUUAAGCAUUGGCCCUUGCUGAGGAGAAAAAUGAGAAAUGAAAUUGAAAGAAUGAGGGAAAAUGAGAUAAAUGCAGAUGUGAUGCACCUUGCAACACUGACAAUGAUAUAGAUUAGGGUGCCUACACAUUCAAGACAUAAGGUCCUUUAGCAUGAUGACUGUAUAUUGUGGAAAMGAACUCAGAACAGAUGUUUCACAUGGAAUGAGAUAUAUUUUUGAUGACAUUAAAUGCUAAUCAGCACUUAGUCUUUAGUGUAGCACCAUCGUGGAGGUUGAGAUGCAUGUUUUGGCAUUGCAAAAAUAAUAUGCAAAACUCUAAGUAGUUCACAGAAUGUCUUUGUACAGAAUAUAAGAAAACUUAUAUAAAGCCAUAUAUAUAUAUAAUAUACACAUUAGGCACCACUAGACAAUGUAAAGCAUUCUUAUGCAGAUCUCUGAUAUUCACCAUUAUAUUUCAAUUUAUUUGAAUGUGUGGCCUUAUGCACCACUGAAAAUAUUGUAACAUUUUGUGAAUAUAGCUAUAUAAUUGCAGCGUUGUCUUAUAUGUCGACAGUAGAAACUGUUAGGUCAUUAGACAWAGUGAAUACUUGGAGUGUCAGUGUAAAACYUUCCACUWUGUAGCCUUGGAUCAAAUCAGGACUCUGGGUUUGACUAAAAAUCCUAAGUAUACAAUAACAUGAAGUUUGUGAUAAUGCCUGAGUCACAAGAAUCUACAAAAUAAUAAAGCACAAUAAUUGGAUGAUCUUCAUUGACAAUCAAAGUUAUGUCRUGAGGCUAGUCUGUCACAAUUUUGAUUAGUAUUCAAUCCUAGAGUCUGAUUACCUUAAUGGAUUCAAAACUACCAUGAUGUAGUCAUCAAGAAUCAUUUUCACCUUAUAAUACUUCUACAUUUUGCUAUUAGAAUAGUGCUGUUUGCAUACCUCAGGCUCUUUGGCUUGCUUUUCUAGCUGACUUUUUCAUUGAAUUGGCUUAUUUGGAGCCAGUUCCCAACCACUAAGCAUUGACGAACCUCAAGUCAUGAUGUUUAAUUCUAACAUGCAAUAAAUAUUGAUAAGUGUUUUACAAGGUUUUUCAAAGGUAUUAAAGGUUAAUGAAUGGAUUAAUUUCCAUAAAAAGAUGGUUGAAUAAUCUUGUAAUACAGCAAAGAAAUUUAAAGCAAAAUUAACUUAUUUUUGUACUGCACUCUUUAUGUACAAACAUGCUGUAURAUACUACCAAUAGCACAUUAGGUAGAUAAUUAUCAGGCUUUUGCCAGCUGGCUGCAAAACAAAAUACUCAAAAUAGGUUAGAGGAAGAAURUAAACUUCCUUAACAUCCAAGAUAGUUGAAUUAAAAAACUAGGUUUUUCAUCAAAAAGGACUUUAGAGAAAUAUCAUUCUUUUAUUGGGCUCUGCACAAUUUGUUUUAUGAAGGCCUUCUUAGAGACAACCCUACUGGUUGAUCUGUCUGCUUGAUUGGCUGAAAAUCCAGAAAGUGAGACUCUUAAAUUAUAUUAUUCUAAACUAUAAAAUAGUAAGAAACCAUCAAUUUCAAUACAAAUAAUUUACAAUAAUAUGAAAACGAGAGAAAGUAAAAGAGGUUGUAUAGUCUAUAUGCUAUUUUAUAUUACUAAAGUAAAAUGUUAUUUUAUAUUAUUUAUUUAAAACAAGAUUCCUUCGAUAGAUGGGUUUUGGUAGGGUGGAGACCACGCCUAACCAAUCUUGAUACAUUUUAAAAAGAAAGAAUAAUAAUUCUAUUAAGUAUAUUAGAGUUAGAGGUGUAUUUCGUUAUUAAAAUCUAGUACUUUGAGAAAAUAGCAUAUUUAAAAUGGUACUGUGAUGCGACAAUUGAGCUGGUUAACCACUGUAUUAAGAACUCAAUCCUUUCCUAGAAAGCACACAAAAAAUCCCACACAUGGAUAUUUUACUAGCUGCUAUGCUUCAUUCUUCUUGGAACAGAAAAAAAUAGAUUUGUUUUUCUUUUGUAUGACAGCUUCUUAUCAAUGAUUGAUAACCUUGUGGCCUUAMAACUGUCAUACUAACAGCAAAAGUCGAGAGAAGGUUGUCCAGUUGUAAAAGGCAUGACUCUAGUAUACUAGCAAUGUUUCUGGUUUAGAAGCUUGYCUCUUAACUGUACUGUAACCUAUUGGGUAAAAUAGACGAACUUUUUUUUGAAAUUGAGCAAAUUGCAGAGUGAAAUCCAAGUUAAAUAAGAAACAUCCUAUAGAUACGAUUUAUCUUUCGGAAAGCCUUGUAGGUUUUAUAGGAAUGACUUUGAUGUCGAUWUUGCCUUUUUCAACUCGACAACCGUCUGAAGUUUAGCCACGUCUCUCGACRAAAUAACACUAAAUUGUAAGGCUACUUUAUGUAAUUGAUUACAAUAACUAUAAUAAUUAAAUCUGUUAGAGUAAGUACCUUGGAGUUCUUUCAGAAAGAGAUGAAAUGAUGACUGUUUAUAAAAUUCAAAUAAAACAAAAUAUAGAAAACAAAGUAUUUUGUUAUUCACAUUUCAUGUUUUACUGAAUGUUCUUGACAAUCGAACAAAAUGUGUUGGAAUAAACGCCAAAAACCCGUGAAACAAACCUUGUAAGGUGUUGUACCGUUCCAUAAUUGACAAUGAACUGCAAUGUUAUGUAAUAGUAAUGUAAUCUGUCUUAUGCUCUACCUAGUUCAUAGUUUGUUUCAUGGAUGUUUGGUGGAAACUCCAGUCAUGCACUAACAUARCUACUAGAUAACCGACACACUAAAGUGGUAGGCUUGUUUGACGCACAUUUUCCGUACUUUUCAGAUAAGGAUUUUUUGACUACGAUGUGGUUUGAAAAUCAGSCAAAACUUUAAACGUCAAAAUUUUACACCACUAGGGACAACCUGAUCAAAGCACUCGCAAUUCCUCGAGCRCUCYUACCACUUUUGGGACUAAAUGAAGUAGAUUUUCAUUUGAAAUACUUAGUUUCUAAUAUUUGCUCUGUCACAUUUAAAUAAAAAUCACUAACAGACAACUAUUACAUUCAUUUAAAUAGUAAUUACUGUAUUAGUGCUAAAACUUUUUUCUUURGUUCACUAACUUUUGAAUUGGGCUUCAAGUAGCAAAAAAACAGACAGAUGAGAACCGACGCAGUUUUAUUCUAUUUCAGAAAACAUUGAAUACCGAAUACUGCAUUCUGCAUAGUGUACUCCAAGAUCUCAAUGCAUUGUUGCUUUUAAAAUCCAAGCUACAAUUGUAGCUACUUUACGAAAUUACAAUUCUAAACAUGACGUUGUUGACUGUACAGAGCUGGUAUUGUCAGUCUUAUAACCACGGCAAGUCCUUUUCAACGGUGAUAGAACUACCAACAAUACAUUGAGGUCUUGGAAUACACUAUUUUCAGUCUUCAACGUUUUCUGRAGUAGCAUUGCGUGUUCAACURAAUCGGSCUCSAGCUCAACAGGGGCCUUUCUCUGUCUAUACAAACUACUUACAKGCCUCAAUGGUUCACUGUGAUCUAGUUAAUUAUAAACUUGCAUUUCCUUAUGAUAUAUAAUGAAUAUUGGAACAUAAAAUACGUAAAGAAGCAUUAAUACUGGCCUCGAUUAGUAUUAGAUCUGACUAAACAGCUCUGUCUCAAUCAGGAGAAUAUAAUUGUAUUUAUGCAGAGUCCAGUUCUUUACGAUUUUGCAAAAAUAGCCAAUAAAAACGUUGGAAUCAAA